CGUUGCUACUACUUGCUCGUUUUUACCAAGUUUUCCUCCAUGUAGUGCUUAGGUUUUCAAAAUGUCUCUAAUAUAAGUAGUUCUUUAGGAAAAUAAACCAUAUAAAUCUUAAAUGACGCCCACGAAGACCACAAAAACUGAAGUAGAAAUGGUGAUACGGAAUAGAAAAACUGUUAUGAAAGACGGGAUUAUGACAAUGUCUGGCAUCGGUGAGCCCUCCGUGUUCCACGCUUUGGUGGUGAUAUUUCUGGAGUUUUUCGCGUGGGGACUGCUCACAAUGCCGAUAAUUUCGGUGCUGAAUGUAACGUUCCCGGAUCACACGUUCCUGAUGAACGGUUUAAUAAUGGGCAUCAAGGGCAUCCUGUCGUUCCUGUCUGCGCCGCUGAUCGGCGCGCUCUCUGACGUGUGGGGUCGCAAGUUCUUCCUGCUGGUGACUGUGUUCUUUACAUGUGCGCCUAUCCCGCUGAUGACCAUCAACACGUGGUGGUUCUUCGCAAUGAUCAGCAUCAGUGGAGUUUUUGCCGUGACGUUCUCCAUCGUAUUCGCCUAUGUGGCUGAUGUGACUACCGAGGCGGAGCGCUCGCGCGCCUACGGCCUUGUGUCUGCUACCUUCGCCGCCAGCAUGGUCAUCUCUCCUGCCCUGGGCGCCUACCUGAUGGACCUGUAUGGAGAAUCACUAGUAGUUGCCGCUGCCACUGCUGUCGCAAUUCUGGAUGUUUUCUUUAUCAUGGUUGCAGUACCUGAAAGCCUUCCAGAGAAGGUCAGACCCAGUGGUUGGGGUCCUGCUAUAAGCUGGGAGCAAGCAGAUCCAUUUGCAGCAUUACGGAAAGUUGGUGCUGAACGUACAGUGCUAAUGUUGUGUGUGGCUGUGUUUCUCUCAUACUUGCCCGAAGCUGGACAGUAUUCGUGCAUAUUUGUGUACUUGAAGUUAGUGAUGGGCUUUGGUGUAGUCCAAGUGGCAAUAUUUAUUGCAAUUGUAGGAGUGCUCAGUAUUGGUGUACAAGUGGUUCUUGGAUUCUUAAUGAGAUCGCUUGGAGCGAAGCAUACUAUUAUGGUUGGACUAGUGUUUGAGAUGUUGCAACUCAUGUGGUACGGCUUUGGCAGCCGUACAUGGAUGAUGUGGGCUGCGGGAGUGCUGGCUGCACUCGGCUCUGUCACAUACCCUGCAAUCAGUGCAUAUGUGUCUGUGAACAGCCGGGCAGACCGACAAGGAGUGGUGCAGGGCAUGGUGACUGGUGUCCGUGGUCUGUGCAAUGGAUUGGGCCCGGCCAUGUUUGGUGUGAUCUUCUACCUGUUCCACGUAGACCUGAAUGAAGAGCAUGCUGUGCCAGGCAAGCCGAGCGAGGAGAAGUACGUGCGCAUGGUGCCCGGGCCGCCCUUCGUGCUGGGUGCGCUGCUUGUGAUUUGCGCGCUGCUGGUGGCGGCUUUCCUGCCGGAGGACGGCGCUGCGAGCCGACGCGCGCCGCCCGACCUGCGCUUCGAGCUGGAGCGCGGGCGGCGCGUGGCGGGCCCGCUGUCUCCGUUGAUGGCGCCCGAGUCCGCCGCGCUCUAGCUAGCGGUGAAGGCCGGCCGAGCGGCCAGCGUCUGACUCUCAGUGCUGUGCUCAGCGACAGCGACCCGUGCAUUUACGAGGUACCAAAGCUAACUCGAGUGAGUGACCGUGAUUCCUAACGUUUCGCCGACGACACCGAUACAUUCCCGCGUCGAUACAGCUUAAUCACCGUGUUUUUUAAGCUUUGUAUUAUAUUUUUAUAUGGUUUGGAGUCGCCGCUGGAGUGUGUACAUAUUUUGUCUGAAUAAAAUCAAUGAAAUCGUUGUUAAGGCUAUGUUUUCAUGUUUCGAGCCG